AUGGCAGCCAUGGCAUCCAUGUCGCUGCUCCUUCUACUACCAUGCAUGCGGACAUUGCGCUCCGAUGUAUACACACGGACCGACAAGAUGUUGCUAGCAUCAUCGCUCAGUCAAUACGAGUGCUCCCCACAAGUUGUCGCCUCAUCCAGUGCCGAGACCGGCGAGGGGCAUUUGAUUGCGAUGGUCACAGGUUACAGAGGUUCUGUCAGAGGAUUGCAAGGUCUUGCUGAGGGCCUUUGCACGGCAAGCUUUGCCCAAAAGGAACAUACUUUGAUCAUUGUUUUGGAUGCUGUGGUGGGUGCACAUUCUGUGCAGCCAAUUAUGCUUCAGGGAGAGCGUGUGGCCGAAGAGGUGCUGCAAAUCGUUUCUUCCGGAGCCAAGUACAAAAGAAACUUUACAUCGUACUCGAUCAUCGGCCACUCCUUGGGUGGGCUCGUGGCAAGAGUUGCAGCGAGCCAUAUUGACCGAAGUCUUGCUUCGGCACUCAGGCCCAGGCUUUUCGUGUCACUUUUUUCGCCCCAUGCAGGUGUGGAGAGCUUUGUUAACUCUAAGCUGCUCCCCACUUUGAUCCACAUCUCGGGCUCAGACCGUGGAGCUAUGGACGAACUAUGCGAGAAAUCGCCUGAGAAAAGCAUCUUGGUCGAGAUCUCUCGUGGAGUGUAUCGCCAGGCGCUGGAGAAGUUCGAGAAAAGAGUUUUAUACACUUCAGAAACAGACUGGCUUGUGGAUUUUGGAAGUGGAGGCAUCACGUUGCAGAAGCCUCAAGAACAUGAUGAUGCUUCAAUCUCGGAUUACCCUUCCUUAGUCUUGGAGAGCUUGAACCUAAGCAGUGGAGCAGAGUCAGAGACUUGCCAAGCUGGCAGUGUACGCUGUGAGGUGAUAAAUGAGUUGCGGCAUCUUCCAUUCGAAAGAGUUCGGGUGCAGUGGCAGCUCUUUCGGCCAGACAAGCAUUCCUUGCAGGAGAUGAGCACUGUGGAGAAUUCCGAACUGCUUCGGCACCUCACCGGGGAGUUCGGCGGCUCCAACUCGAAUCUGCCGCGCGGUGCUCGCUGCGUCAGCUCUGAGUUCUGUGCCCAAGGCCUCGAGUGCACUCCCUCUCCGCCCUCUCCCUCUGCGUCGUCUAGAAGCAGAAGUUGCCAACCUCGUUUCUUGGAAGCUUCCGACGCAUGUCUCGAAGAGGAUUCAGAAAUGCAGAAGUGUGCUUUCGCCGUCGAUCUAUUCAAUGAAGGUCUGCAGACUUGGCUGCUCAUCGUGACGAGCAGUGGGGGUGGGGGUCACUUGGUGGCUGCUCGGAAUCUGCAGAAGAUGUUGCUGGAACGUGUCGAAGGCGGUUAUGAGACGGUUGCUGCGCAGUUGCGGGAACAAAGGCCGCUUCUUACACCCGAGGCGUACCGUCUCGCGACAGCAGCGUUGUCCGCAGUGCAGAGGGGCCCACCUGCGGUUGAGAUGCUUGACAUCAUGGACAGCCCUUGCACCAGCUUGGAUGGACUUGGAUACAUCUCCUUGGGUGGCUUCAUGAGCGAAAGCUGGAACAAGCUGCAAAGUUCAGGUGACAUCAGCGGUCUGAGGAGGCUGGUGUCUCUACAGCCUUGGACACAACGGCUAUUUGGUCGUCAGUGCCGGAAGUUUAUACAGUCCGUCGUUGAAGCUAAGAAACUGGGCUACCUGGUGCCACCGAAGAGGAUAAUUUCCACACAGCCCCUGCUCGUCCGGUCCUUGCUCGAAGGUUCCAUGGGCCGAGGAGUCGAUCUUUACAUGACGGAUCUCCCCACAGAGGAGGCUGUCCACUUCUUCGGUGCCUUGGAUAGCAUGCCCAAGGACGACGUCUCGGAUCAGUUGUUCUUGCACACGCUCGCCCCAAUGCAUGGUGGAAAGGAGGCACUGCAGAACAUGUCAGGUGUGCGGCACAUCAUGCUCGAGAAGUUCAUGCCGAUUGAAGACAGCUUCAUUCAGCCAGGGGGUCUCCCGUCACCAGGUCAAGCCGUUGCAAUACGACUCAAGGCCCAGAUACCCCUGGAGGAAGAAUUCCUUGAGACUGGCCCUGUCACCAACCCAGUGGUUCUGGAAGCUGACGAUGAGGUGGUGUUGGUGAUGCUGGGCUCGCAGCCAACUGUGGAUGCCAUGUUGAAGUAUGCAGUAGAGAGCCUGAAGCUGCCGGACAAAGCGGACCCGAACAAAGGGAAACGAUACGUUUUCCUGGCAUGUGGACGCCCGGGAACCGCUGCAUACAAACAGCUCUAUGCAGACAUGCUUGCUCUGGUUAAAAGCAGCCCUGGCUCUGGCCCUGCCAAUCGCACCAUUCUCGUGCCCUUCACUGGUCAGCGAGCAGCAGAGCUUCUAGGCAGGGCAGACGUUACGAUUACUCGCAGUGGUGGUCUGACGGCUGGGGAGCUGCUUGCAUUGCAGCACCGAGGCGAUAAGAAACGGUUUCUCCUGCAUGUCGAGCCAGUUGGUGACGAGGCCAAAACCCGCGCUCUUGCGGCUCUGCCUGCUACAGUGAGCGACGCAGAUGCCUUCCGGCUGGCUGCAACGCAUGCCAACCUGCUUGGCAUGGUUCCUUGGGAGGCGGGCAAUGCUCGAUACUUGCAGCAGGUUGUCAGCGCGAAGCUGGUGGAGCCUGAGAGCUUGGUCGGCACACUCCUCGGACGCGAGCAAUCGUCGUUUGCCGUGGACUGGAGGCUUUUCCUGCAACUGCGUGGGUUCAAUGCUGCAGCGAUUGAUUUGGCAGAAGCACGGCAUUGUUCUUACUCGCCGAACCGCUCACGCGUUGUCUCCGAACCUCGGUUAGGGAGUCCUGCUUGCAAUGCAGACUUGGAAGCCUUUGCUCGUGUUGGAAGUGCGUUCACCAUGAGUCGAAAGUUUUUACCAUCUGCAGCCAUACCCUGCAACGACACAACGCUCGUUGUUCAGCGCUUCUUCAUGCCGAUCGCACUCUACUUGUACAAUCACACGAUAGGGUUGGCGCUGCAAGCAGUGGCCUCAUGCCACGGUACCUUGCUUCAGCAAGAUGACUUGGUGGCAGUGCAGCUGUGA